CGACAACCACCAUCCUUCGACGACACGAGCUCUUCGACUUCUGUUCACGAAAAUUCCUGGAUGCAGAUAUUAUAGACAUGGAACAACAGCGCGGCGAAAUGCGCCGCAGGGGAACAAAUCUUGCAAACGAUCGCGAGACACGCAUGAAGGCGCCGCCGCCGCCGAGGACUGACCCAGCCGUCGGGGCCAGCUUUGGCCCAAGCGUCAAGCAGGUCUCUUCAAUGAUUGGUACUCGCACUCAGCCACGACGGAAGCCUAGCCUAGAAGACUCUUUCGAUGUCGAAUGCAUCGAACUCUCGGACUCAGAUGACGAGCUGCUGCUCCAGCCGAAGUCGCGCUCGCGGCAGGGUUCGAAAGAGCCACGAGGCUCUCGCGCAGCGGCCAAUAAGAUGUCAAGUCAAGACCUACCAGGGAGCACUGUCGCGUUUGUGAUAGACGGCGUGAAGCACAAGCCUCAUCCCGACUACCAAAUUGACGGGAAGCUAAAGUUUCAGGGUAUGAAGUUCACGAAGACCAAAAGUCCCGAAGAAGGAACCGCGUCUAGUUCGUCUGUUACUACAGAGAAUAGCUCGGAGCCUCGGAAAACUCUUUACUCCAGCUCGAGCACAACUCGGUCGACAUUCAGGACCAAGCAAGACGACACCCUACACAAAGCUUUCCGAGUCCCGAGCUUUGUGAAUAAAGACAAGAUACCUGCCAGUACGUCUGGCCCACCCAGGACAAGGACCAGGAGUAGGAGUGGAUCGCCUGUCGCUUCUUGCGAUGAGCCAGACAUUGACCAAACACCGAAACCACUAAGACCCAGGCCUAGGCCGAAGCCCGUCAAGAAGGCGGAGGAUACUCUCUCUUGGGGUGUACUUUCCGCGAUCGAAGCCUUCGUUCCUUUCAACUCUGAAGCUGAGGCCGUGUCGGAGAAAGGGGACGAGAAAGGCAAGGGCAACGCGAGGGAAUGGGAGAGCUGGCCAAUGGCUGAUAUGUCCCCACCGAAGCACUCGGACGGCAUGCACUACAGCGAACGCGACUGUCCCAUCGAUCAGCUCUCCCCACUUAAGGAGACGAGCAAUGAGCGAAAGGAGCCGCGCCCGUUCCCGCUGGACAAUCCACCGCCUUCCAAGGGCGAGAAUGCCAAUGGCGAGAAGCAACGGACUGCCCGUUCAUCCUCACGUCCCUCUCAGAAAUUUCGCCCUGUACAGAGCUUUCCAGAGCUGUCCCCACUAUCAUCGCCCGCGAAGCAGCCGCCGAGUUCGAGCUCUGUGCUGGAAAGCAUCGGGAGCCCGCCAGCGAAGAGAGGAUCAUCGGACGCCGAAGGCAGUGGCGGCAGCACCGGGCGGAGGGGGAAGAAGCGUGCUCGCGGCGCCGACGAGAUCCUUCGCGAGCUCAUGCACUCGGAUGGCAUGUCAGACGAAGAUGAUGAUAUCCCAUGGGACGACCCCGACUUCGACCCCGCACGCCUAUGCUCCUGGUGCGACGAGCUUCUGCCGCCCGAGCCCUCGCCACACUUGCAGCACCUCAUGUCCAUCGCGCGCGCACGCUCACAUUCAGAUUCGCGACCUACCAACCCUCUUGGUCUGCGCGCAGAACCUACAGUAUUUGUCAAUGUGUGCCAGCGCCAUCGCUUCGAGAGCCAUCAAAUCCCACUCGCAAAAAAGCGCGGCUGGCCGACGUACGUUGAAUGGAGCAAGCUCGCGGAGCGCGUUCGGCGUCUUGAAGAGCAUUUUCGGAGAAUUGUGGACGAUAUGGACGAGGAGUUCUUGCCCGGCCAAGAACGAUCUACGGACGGCAAUGACGGUGCUGAAGAUUUAAGCGCCGAUGCUAAGGACGACGAGGAUCUAUUGAUGAGCAGACCGAGGAAGGGAAGCGCGUUCUGGAGAGAAGUAGUCAGGAGCGUGAAGAAGAGGGGUGCUCGGAAGGCAGCAGGCGUUCGCAGCCAGAUGACGAGCUUCGCCAAGACUCAGCCCGGAUACUAUGGUGAGCUUGGCUCUGUGAUAAUGAGCCAGACUAUCUACGACCUCUUUCCCCCUGUCGACUUCCCGCCAAACUCAACGCUCCCUCUAACGCCGAUCGAAUUUAUACAGCACAUCCUGGUUCCAGAAGCUGCCCUACUUCUCUUGAUGGAAGACAUGCACCAGUCUCGUACGGAAGCUCUGAAGACGCUUCGCGACAGCGCGCAGUACGGCGUAGCCAUGUUCCCGGAUGAUCAUACGGAAGGCAACGUCGCCUCAGAAGCGAUUGUUAAGGCGCGCGCCGCUGCCCGACGCAAGGAGAUAGAACGACAGGACGAGCAAGAUGAGGACGUAGCGCUAUGGAGCACUUUUCCUGAAGAUGAGCUGGGCGAUGCGGGCGCAGGUCGGUUGAGCCGGGCGUCAAGCGUCGAAAGUACUCGUCCGCGGCGCGCUUGCGCUGAACGCGCAAAACCCAUCGUCGACAGCGAGAGCGACUCGGACAUCAGCAUCGCCUCGACCAAGUCGCGGUCCCGGAAGGUCAGAGCGAAGCCUGCAAGCAAGACCGGCGGUGCCUCGCGUCAGACGCAGAGGAGCAAGACACCAUCAGUUACUAGCCGUGAGCCGAGCAUCGAAAUCUUGAGUGGCUCGGACGUACCCUCGAGGUCCUCUCGUCCCCGCCCACGGCUGAAAGCAAAGGUUUCUAGUAGUACUCCACAUGCAAGCGAUGUUGAUUUGAGCGACGGGACAUUGGGAAUGGUUGACACGCAGGAGACGCCCCGACCUGGUAAAAUUCAGCGCGGGGUGGUGAAUGGGACAUCGUCAUCCAGUUUUGCGGUGCAUGAUACCAAGACAGGUAUUAAAUCCUCGAAGAAGGCCGAUGCUGACGGGUGGAUACAUACGCUAAGAGGCGGCGAUUCUUCAGAUGAAUCAUAAAGUACUGGUCAAGUAAUCAUUAAGGGCUGUUAAUACACAACGCUACUACACGUUCUCGAACGACGUUGAGUUCCUGGCCGAGUUUGAGUAUGUGGCAACUAACGAUACGACGUUCAUUUGUGUGCGGGGGAGUCGUCGUCCUCGCUUGGAGGGUUUGGGGCAAAUCAAUCCUCGUUCUCGUCCC